CUCUCUGCUUGAUAGGUUCAUUCCUCAAUUUAACUCCACGAAGGUAGAUAACAUUAAGAUGGACGCCGGCCAAGUACCCGUAAUUGACAUUGGUACUCUCAUGGAGUUACCCAACAUCGACGUUGAUGCUGCGCUGCGCAAUCCCAACGCCGAAGCUCUCCACCAGAUCAUUGAGAACGUACGCAAAGCCGCAAGUGAGUGGGGCUUCUUCUACAUCACCAAUCACGGACUCCCGGAACAAGAGGUGGAGGACUUCAAGGAAACUAUGCGCUCGUUCUUCCGCCUUCCAAUAGAGACAAAGCGCAUGAUCUCCCGCUCCUCUGCCAACGCACGUGGCUACGUGGAAGGAGAACUCACUAAGAACAAGACGGAUUGGAAGGAAUGCUUUGACUUCGCAGGAGCCCACGAGGACGAACCACCUAACAACAAGAAUGAUCGACUGGGUGAAGAGCAGAACCAAUGGCUCGGCGAAGCAACACUACCAGGCUUCCGUAACGAGAUGCAAACAUAUUACAACAAAAUGGAGUAUAUCUCGCGUCGUUUGUUGAAAAUCUUUGCAGUCGCGCUUGGUGAGGAGCCUGCAUUCUUCGACCAGUUCUUCCGUGGCAUCAACUCCAGUGUAAUGAGACUGAACCAUUACCCUGUUGCCCCUGAACCUGAGAAAACUAUGGGCGUUUAUCACCACACAGACUCCGGUGCAUUGACUAUUCUACUCCAGGAUGACCAAGUGGCAUCCCUCCAGGUGCUUCACCGAGAGUCACAAACGUGGGUGAAUGUUCCUCCGCGCAAGGGCACAUAUACCAUCAAUAUUGGAGACUUAGUGCAAGUCUGGUCCAACGACCGCUUUGUUGCCCCGUUGCAUCGCGUUCUUGCUAGCAACGAGGCCGGUCGAUUCUCGGCUCCGUUCUUCUACCUCCCAGCAUACGAUGUGGAGGUGGAGCCUAUCGUGGUGAAGGAAAAGGAGGUGCCAAACUAUUGUCCUUUCAGCUGGCGCCAGUUUCUUCUGGGGCGUGUUCAAGGCAAUUAUGCCGACCUAGGCAAGGAGAACCAGAUCGGCGAUUUCAAGAUUCACGGGCAAAUUGACGUUGCGAACGCGUAGGCUGCGGGGGAGAGGUCAGACAUUUUCGUAUUUUAUAGGCUCGUAACAUCUUCACAAAUCUCUGCACGUUUAUAAUGGGAAAAAGGAAAACGGAAAUCGAAACUUUGCAGUUAAUAUGAAGUGUUUGUCGUGAGG